AUGUUAACUGCAGGGUUCAAAAACGAGGUUUCAAAUAAGCUUAAUGCGGAGCCCACUCUUGAGUUUGCAAUCGUGCAAGAUGCAGAUCGUCUGGAUGCAAUUGGUGCGAUUGGUGUUGCAAGAUGUUUUACAUAUGGAGGGAGCAAGAACAGUGCAUUGCAUGAUCCUAACGUACUUCCACGGGAUAAUUUGUCAAAGGAGAAGUAUAUGUCCAAGGAGGAGAAGCAAACAUCAAUUAAUCAUUUCCAUGAGAAACUUUUUAAGUUGAAGGACAUGAUGAAGACCGAGGCUGGGAAAAAGAGAGCAGAGAAAAGGCACAAGUUCAUGGAGAAUUUUGUGGCUGAAUUCUAUGAAGAGUGGAGUGGCAGGGCUUGAAGUUGACCAACCAGACCGUGGGCUGGGAGGGCAAGGCUUGAAGUUGGCCAACCAACUUUCACCAACUCACAUCGAUAAAAAUCCAUGGAUUACCAUCUGGUUUUACAUCACUGUUCAGGUUCCCAUGAAACUUUCCCCAAAACGCUAGAGCUCUGAAUAUAAUGAAUAAAUGACAAGACUAUUUACCAGAUAUUUCACAGAGUCCCUGGAUGUUGCCUAUGUUUUUCUUUUUCUGAUUAAAACUCUGAAAGAUUGCUCUUUGGUAAUAUAAGCAGUUCUAUCUGAUUGAGAGCA